GUCACAAAGAGUCAGACAUGACUGAGGGACUGAACAAUAGCAACAGUUGAUUUCAAAAUCUCUCUCUUGUUCAUUAAAUUGCAUCCUCCCUCCCCCGACCCCAAAAUAUUUUGGAGUUCUAGCCCCCUUAUCUCAGAAUGUGACCUUAUAUGGAAGUAAGUUCUUUACAGAGGUAGUCAAGUUACAAUGAGGUCAUUCAGCUGGAUUCUCAUCCAGGAUGACUGGUGUCCUCAUAAAAAAGGGGAAAUCUGAACACAGAGACAGACACACACAGGAAGAAGUGAAGAUGGGAAGAUGAAGACAGAGAGCAAGGUGGUGCAGGAGAAGCCAAGGAAUGCCAAAGAUUGCCGCUAAAGCCCCAGAAGCUAGGAGCACGAGGCAUGGGGCAGAUUCCCCCAUACAGCUCUCGAAAGGCAACCUACCCCAUCUUCAUCUUGAAUCUCUUGCCUCCAGAACCUUGUUUUUUCCGCAAUGAUAUUCCAGACUAUUACAAAUCAAGAUCUGCCUGAGAUCAAGUGUGUUUUAAUCAACCAUGGAAACAAUGAUUCAUCAAUGGGGACAUCACCAUCGAAUCCCAUGGCGUCAGAAUCCCGGGAAGACCUGGCGUGUGCCUUGAGGCCCGAGGGCACAGAGACCAUCUACAAAGCGGCCGCGGUGCAGGUGGACGUGGCUGCAUCCAUCACGCUGCAAGUGCAGGUCUCCACCCUGGGGAACUCUUCCUGUCUCUGGGUUUUUAAACACAGCCACCUAAACUGCCAGCCACACUUCGAUUUACAAAACAGAGGAGUUUUUUCCAUGGUCAUUUUGAAAAUGACAGAAACCCAAGCUGGAGAAUACCGCCUUUUGAUUCAGAGUGCAGCUAACAAUUACACAGUAUUGUUUACAGUGAGUAUAAGAAAUACACUGCUUUACACAUUAAGAAAACCUUACUUUAGAAAAAUGGAAAAUCAGGACGCCUUGGUCUGCAUCUCAGAGAGUGUUCCAGAACCGACGGUGGAAUGGGUGUUCUGCGAUUCACAGAGUGACAGCUGUAAAGGAGAGAGUCCAGCUGUCGUCACGAAGGAGGAGAGUGUCCUCCAUGAGUUAUUUGGAACAGAUAUCAGGUGCUGUGCAAGAAAUGAGCUGGGCAGGGAAUGUACCAAGCUCUUCACUAUAGAUCUAAACCAGACUCCUCAGACCACACCGCCACAAUUAUUUCUUAAAGUAGGGGAACCCUUGUGGAUAAGGUGCAAAGCCAUUCACAUAAACCACGGAUUCGGGCUCAGCUGGGAAUUAGAGAAUAAAGCUCUGGAAGAGGGCAGCUACUUUGAGAUGAGUACCUAUUCCACAAACAGAACUAUGAUACGGAUUCUGUUUGCUUUUGUAUCAUCAGUGGGAAGAAACGACACUGGCUAUUACACUUGUUCCUCUUCAGAGCAUCCCAGUAAAUCAGCUUUGGUCACCAUCCUAGAAAAAGGAUUUAUAAACGUUUCCAAAUCAAAUGAAGACUAUGAAAUUGACCAGUAUGAAGAGUUUUGUUUUUCUGUCAGGUUUAAAGCAUACCCACAAAUCAGAUGUACAUGGACCUUCUCUCGAAAAUCAUUUCCUUGUGAGCAAAGUGGCCUGGACGAUGGGUACAGCAUAUCUAAGUUUUGCAACCACAAACACCAGCCAGGACAGUAUAUCUUCCAUGCAGAAAAUGAUGAUGCCCAGUUCACAAAAGAGUUCACACUGAAUAUAAGAAGGAAACCUCAAGUGCUGGCCGAGGCGUCUGCAAGCCAGGCUUCCUGCUCCUCUGAUGGGUAUCCGAUACCAUCUUGGAUCUGGAAGAAGUGCUCAGACAAGUCCCCCAACUGCACAGAAGAAAUCACAGAAGGAAUUUGGAAUAAAAAGGCCAACAGGAAAGUAUUUGGACAGUGGAUAUCGAGCAGCACGCUGAACAUGAGCGAGGCCGUCAAAGGGCUCCUGGUGAAGUGUUGUGCCUACAACGCCCUCGGCACGUCCUGUGAGACAAUCCUUCUGAGCUCACCAGGGCCCUUCCCUUCCAUCCAGGACAACAUCUCGUUCUAUGCAACAAUUGGCCUCUGUCUUCCCUUCAUUGCUGUUUUAACCAUGCUGAUUUGUCACAAGUACAAAAAGCAAUUUCGGUACGAAAGCCAGCUGCAGAUGGUGCAGGUGACCGGCUCUCUGGAUAACGAGUACUUCUACAUUGACUUCAGAGAAUAUGAGUAUGACCUCAAAUGGGAGUUUCCGAGAGAAAACUUGGAAUUUGGGAAGGUCCUCGGGUCGGGUGCUUUUGGAAAAGUGAUGAAUGCGACCGCCUACGGAAUUAGUAAGACAGGGGUCUCCAUCCAGGUCGCAGUCAAGAUGCUGAAAGAAAAAGCAGACAGCUCGGAGAGAGAGGCUCUCAUGUCUGAACUCAAAAUGAUGACCCACCUGGGCAGCCAUGAGAAUAUCGUGAAUUUGCUGGGGGCGUGCACCCUGUCAGGACCAAUUUACUUGAUUUUUGAAUACUGUUGCUACGGUGACCUUCUCAACUAUCUAAGAAGUAAAAGAGAAAAAUUUCACAGGACGUGGACAGAGAUUUUCAAGGAACAUAAUUUCAGUUUUUAUCCCACUUUCCAAUCACACCCUAAUUCCAGUAUGCCGGGUUCAAGAGACGUUCAAAUACACCCGGACUCAGAUCCUAUCUCAGGGUUCAAUGGGAAUUCAUUUCAGUCUGAAGCUUCUUUGCAUUUUGGCAAAAAUGAGGACCAGUUCUAUUUUACAGAUGAAAUUGAAUACGAAAACCAAAAAAGGCUGGAGGAAGAAGAAGACCUGAAUGUACUGACCUUUGAAGAUCUCCUUUGCUUUGCAUAUCAAGUGGCCAAAGGAAUGGAAUUUCUGGAAUUUAAGUCGUGUGUUCACAGGGACCUGGCUGCCAGGAACGUCCUAGUGACCCACGGGAAAGUGGUGAAGAUCGGCGACUUUGGGCUGGCUCGAGAUAUCAUGAGUGAUUCCAACUAUGUCAUCAGGGGGAAUGCCCGUCUGCCUGUGAAGUGGAUGGCCCCUGAAAGCUUGUUUGAGGGCAUCUACACAAUUAAGAGCGAUGUCUGGUCAUACGGAAUAUUACUCUGGGAAAUAUUCUCGCUUGGUGUCAAUCCUUACCCCGGGAUUCCGGCUGAUGCUAACUUCUAUAAACUCAUCCAGAGUGGUUUCAAGAUGGACCAGCCGUUUUAUGCCACGGAAGAAAUAUACUUUAUAAUGCAAUCCUGCUGGGCUUUUGACUCCAGGAAACGACCAUCCUUCCCUAACCUGACUUCAUUUUUAGGGUGUCAGCUGGCAGAUGCAGAAGCAGCGAUGUAUCAGAACAUGGAUGGCCGUGUUUCAGAGCGUCCUUCUGUUUACCAAAACAGGCGACCUUACAGCAGAGAGGUGGACUUGGGGCUACCCUCUCCUCAGGCUCACACUGAAGAUUCCUAGAGAAACGACUUAGUCUUAAGGACCUCAUCCCCCCUGCCUACCUUAAACAGGCUGUGUAGAUUACCAAAAUAAGAUUAAUUUCAUCACUAAGUGAAAGUAUAUUCUCAACUGCUGCUUUGCUGGACUUUUCUCUAGAAGCUCUCUGUAUUUACUCUUGUUUCCAAAGGGACUUUUGUAAAAUCCAGUCAUCCUUUGCACAAGGCAAGAAGAGCUGAUAACGUUACCGAAGCAUCUACCUUCAUCCAAAGGCCUUCCCAGGCUGGCUUGAGUGAAAAUUGUCUACCUGAAGUAUAGUAUACUCCUGUAAAUACAGAAGACAAAAGCAUUUUGCUAAGGAAAAGCUAAUAUGAUUUUUUAAAUCUGUUUUAAAAUAAUAUGUAACUUUUUCAGCUAUUUAGUGAUAUAUUUUAUGAAUGGAAAUAAAAUUUCUACUAU